UAAACGUUCAGUGCAGUUGUCAAAUUCAGAUUAAGCAAUUUUCUGAAAAGGCGUCUAAAGUAUUGCUUUUUUUGGGUAUAUUACUGUGUAUUAUCGUUUAAAAAUGUUAGCUUUGAUCAAUCGUAUCCUUGAUUGGAUUAAAAGCUUAUUUUGGAAGGAGGAGAUGGAGCUCACGCUGGUCGGGCUGCAAUAUUCAGGGAAAACAACUUUUGUUAACGUCAUAGCCUCAGGACAAUUUAGUGAAGACAUGAUACCCACCGUGGGCUUCAACAUGCGGAAAAUUACUAAAGGAAAUGUCACUAUCAAGGUAUGGGACAUUGGUGGGCAGCCUCGGUUCCGUUCAAUGUGGGAGAGGUAUUGUCGAGGAGUCAAUGCUAUAGUGUACAUGGUGGACGCGGCGGACCCUGACAAGAUCGAGGCGUCGCGCAACGAGCUGCACAGCCUGCUGGAGAAGCAGCAGCUGACCGGCAUCCCCGUACUGGUGCUCGGCAACAAGCGCGACCUGCCGCACGCGCUCGACGAGCACGGCCUCAUCGAGCGCAUGAACCUGUCUGCGAUCCAGGACCGCGAGAUCUGUUGCUAUUCUAUUUCAUGCAAGGAGAAGGACAACAUCGACAUCACGCUGCAGUGGCUCAUCGCGCACAGUAAGUCCGGCAGCGCGCGCUAGUCGCCGCACGGCGCAUCACGCGUGUCACGUCAUGUCGCGUCGCGUCACGCGUGUCACGUCACGGCGCGUCACGUAACGUCACAUUGCGUCGCGACACGUCGCGUCACGCAUGUCACGUCACGUCGCGUCGCGUCGCGUCACGUCACUGCGCGUCACGGCGUGUCACGGCGCGUCGCGUCACGGCGGCCUAACGCAGCGGUCGCGCCUUUACAAUCUUCGAACGCCAACAGUUUAGCUAUAAUCGAUGUUUUAAAAUCGAU